AGUCAAUUUCCACAUGGACAUUGUGUUUAUGUAUACAAGUUGGUUAUACGUUACUCAAGUUAUAAAGUAAAUGUUGGAUAAUUUUAAAUACAUAAAUGACGCAAAUUUAUCACUGCAAUAUCCUGUUGUUCUGAUCCCAUCUAUACCGUAUCGCUGCUGAUUAUAAAACAACAACAUAUAAGCAUUAGGGCCUAAUGAAUAAGAAACUGAAUAAAGGUCUUGUGGCUGACCUGUAAUCUGCAUGGUAGUUUACUUUAGACAACCAGGAAUUCAUCUACCCAUGAUCAUGAUGACAGGCUCUGAGAGCCACACACUGGAGCUUGUAAAAUGUGAUAACAGUCACUUUAAGGCUCUUCUUGAUUUGAUACCACCACAGUCUUACUUCAAGCAGGAAGAGAAACAAGAAAUUUAUGGCAAUAGUUCAGACGAAGAUGAUGAUCCUAAGUCAAAGAAGAAAAAGAAACCUAAAAAAGGAGUCCCACUCUCAUCUCUCUCAGUGACACAGAUAACUGAGCUCAGACAGCAAGGGUUAAACUUAGGUAACAAAAAAGCAAAGAAUAUUCCUAAUGGAACCACAGAGGAGGCAUCAUACUCUAUAGAGGACAAGCAUAAAGGAAAAAAGUUAAGCAGAUCAGCUAAAGGAAAACUGAGUGAUAAAGAACUAGCACGGAGAGAAUCUAGACACGAAGAGUUGAGAGAAAGAUUGAGGCUAAAGUUGGAAGAGUUGAAAGCUCGGAAAAACAAAGGGGGCGUGAGUUCACAAGAGCAGAAGCGUUUGAAACGCCAAGAGAAAAAAGUAAAUGAUCGGUUAAAGAGCAAAAAUAAAGGCAAGCACAAAGAACUUCGUAUGACACCUGUUGCCGAAGGUUUGAAAUCUUCACCUCAGAACAGAAUUCUUAACCAGAACGGGGAGCCAGUGAAAUCUAAGUUUGACUUUUCAAAUAUUACCUUCGGCAACGAGAAACAACACUCUUCAGAUCUCCAUGGAAAAGAUUACAAAAGACUGUUGGAAAAAGUGGAAGCCAGAAAAGCCAAGGUGGAGAAAUUGAAAGAAAAAGACCCUGAAGCCGGGAAGAAACUUGAACAAAAAAUGCAAUGGCAGAAUGUUCUAAGUAAAGCUAAAGGGGAGAAGGUUAAAGACGAUCCUAACCUGUUGAAAAAAGCAGUGAAGAGGAAAGAAAAAUUAAGAGAAAGCAAACAGAAGAAAUGGGGUGAGAGGGUGAAAAAUGUUGAGGAUAUGAAACAGAAACGACAGGAUAAAAGACAGGCAAAUAUUGAUAAGAGGAAGGAGGGAAAGAAAGAUAAGAAGAGGAAAAUUAUGAUUAAAAAGGGAAGAAUCAUACCAGGUUUUUGAUUGGGCAUAUUUGGGGGAUGGGGGGAUUUUUAGCAUGAGUCAAAAGUGAGUAGUGAGCCUGUAACAUUUUUAGUACAAAUGUGGUGGAUCUUAAGCAACAUGUUGAAGCGUACUGAAUGAGUGCGAGUGUUAAUUAAGUUUUUGAUUUGGCAGCUUCUCCAUUCACUCACCUUUUUAACUGUACGUCUGUGAUUUGGGUGAGCUGUAGUGAACCAAUACAACUCUAGUGUUGAAUAGAGUUGAAGACCUGUGCUGUCUGUAUGGCUUGACAAGCUGGCUGUAUGACUUGACAAAUUAUUGUAAUUAAACAUGGGCAGAGAGAAUAUACAAAGUUUAUGUCUAAUAUAAUAAAAUAUAAAAUGUAUACAUGUAGUAAUGGUAAGACAUGUAGGUCUAGACAGCGUUAAUAUAAUUAAUGAAGUUCUAAUGCUCAUGUUUAGCAAAUGCUACUUUUUCUUAGAAUUUUAUGGAGCACUCUCAGGUUAUUUAAACUAAUUUUACAUUGAUAGUACUUUUUAGAUCUAUUUACUAUAAUUUGAGAAACACUGACCAAUAUGACUGAACAUUGCAUUAUGUCUUUUUUGUAGCAUUAUCAUUAAUAGAUUUUUUUUUAGGAAAUCCUUUUUCUAUUAAAAAUAUUUAUAGAAUAGUUUGAGGGAUUUUAGCUUUUUCAUGGAAAAAGAAAUGCAAUUUUUCUUUGUCAGGUGGUCUGUUAAAUGUACUUUGUAACUACUUGAGAUUGGCUGGUGUUUUUUUUUUUUUUAAUUUUGUUGAUGUAAGAUAUUUCAUAUUCACAGAAAGGAAUAUGUUGUUACAUAAUAAAAACAAUUUGUGACAU